AAAAGAGUCAGUUUGAAGAGUCGACUCCUUCGCGAACGACGCAUGCGCGGUGCGUCGCUAAAAGCUGUUGUGAAACAGCAGUGUGUGUGUUUUGACACUUUCACAGAGAUGAGCGUCUGAAUCUGUCACUGUUAGGAGAUAAAUAACACUAAAAACUCUGAGAUGUCAGACUCAGCGGACCAUACGGUGGAGGCGGAGCCCCUGAAAGGCCGACAGGAAGAAAAAGGUGGGCCCGAUGGGCGGGGCUGUGCAGGCAAAAUGGGCGUGGCUAAGCUGUCAGGGUGGCGCACGGCGGCGUUCCUGCUCUCAAUGUUCAUCUGCCUGAGUGUGGUGUUCGCCUUCUCCUUCAUCCUGCCCUGUCCUGUCAGACCCCAGUACCUGCCCACCUGGAACCUGACUGUACCUGCUGCAGUGACAUACAACUUCUUGGCCUUUGCUGAUGCGAAUAACGACAAAGUGCUGGACGUGUUCCUCAUCUAUAAGAGCUCAGAAGGUCUCAAGAACCACACCUGCAUCGGGGAAGGUCUGUUCUCCCCAUGUCUCUUUUUACUGGCCGUUGAUGGCACUGAUGGAGAGUUGCUAUGGGAACGACCUCUAGCUGCUGAAUUUGAUUGGGCGGAAUGUGAAGUGGGCGGAGUCAAAGGUAAAGGAGGGAACUGUGUGGUGGCUCAUGCUGAUAAACUCACCGCCAUUGACAUACACGCAGCUCUAGGUGAAAUUCUGUGGCAGGUUCCUCGCUCUCAGGUUGCUAACGGUAACCUCCCAGUGAUCAGUCUGCCAGAUCUGAACAACGACAAAACCAACGACAUGGCAGUGCUGAGUUACCCAACCACCGAUACGCCUUCAGUGGCGGAGCUGGUGUUCUUCUCGGGUAAAUCCGGUGACAAGAUUGGCACCGAGGUUGAUGUGGGCGUGGCUCCAGGACAAAUGAAGUCUCACCUGCAGUUCAGCACGGCGAGUGAAGCGCAGUACGUCCUGCUCCACACAGACAGAGGGCUGUAUGCAGUGAGUUUGGGAAGGUUGGCAGCGAAUGCUGGCUCUGGUCUCGACUCCAAUCUGAAGAGAGAUAAAAGCUGGGAGCAAAGAGCCGAUAACCAGGGACUCAUCACGCUAUACGACUCAGUCUCUUUGCAUUCUGUACUGAAGGUGAGAGGUGGAUAUUCGAGCUCGUCUCCCUCACUGCUGCUCCAGACUGACUCCACUGUGAUGCUUUUCGACACACACAAACUCAGCGUUACCUGGACCACCAACGCAAGCAGCCUGAUCAGUACUCCAUCAUUCGGACACUUCAACAAAGAUGGAGUUCCUGAUAUCGUGCUUGAGGAAGACCAGGGAAACAACACCAAGAGAGUGGUGAUUGUAGACGGACAGAACGGCAAUGUGCUGUGGCAGGUGUUCAUGCCGUUCCGCUUGAACAAUCCACAACCAGCUUCUGUUCUUACUCUCAACUAUUUCUCUGUGUUCAUGCUGUGGGGAGAGACACACACACACACCAAUGACACGAGCUUGGAGGUAGAGGAACGCUCUUCAUAUCUGCUCCACCCAUUCCAUUCUGAUGUCCUGCUGGAGAGGAGAAACCCCGCCCAAAACAUCAUCACCUUUAAAGCACUUCUCCUUGAACGAGGCCGUCACGCCUGUUACCUCAUCCUGACCGGAGAGGAUGGAGCCCUGAACGAAGGGGCGGCGCUCGACGGGACAGAGCCGGUGGUCCUGACCAAGCGGAAGAUCAAAGGUGACGUCUCUCAGAGCAGCGUGGUAGGAGUGGGCGGAGCUGGAAGACUGGAUGGAGACGCCUCCGGGCAGGCGGAGACUGUGAAGGAGGCGUUCUACAGACUGAGGUUCAGCGAUCAAUCUCAGUGAUGUUUAAAUUCACAAAAGUCUGUGUGUGCUACUGAUCUGAUUUCAUCUGUUUGGGGAUUAGUGUGAGGGGGAUUAGUGUGAGGGGGAUUAGUGUGAGGGGGAUUGGUGUGAGGGGGAUUAGGGCGUGGGGAUCAGUGUGAGGUGAUCAAUGGAGGAUUAGUGCUGGCAUUCAAGUGAGGGGAUUAAUGGUGGGGCUUAGUGCUGGAAUUAGUGUGAGGGUUUAGUGCUGGGAUUAGUGUGAGGAGUUAGUGCUGGGAUUAGUGUGAGGGGUUAGUGCUGGAGUUAGUGCUGUGAUUAGUGUGAGGGGUUAGUGCUGGGAUUAGUGCUGUGAUUAGUGUGGGGGGUUAGUGUUGGGAUUAGUGUUGGGAUUAGUGUGAGGGGUUAGUGCUGGGAUUAGUGUUGGGAUUAGUGUGAGGGGUUAGUGCUGGGAUUAGUGCUGGGAUUAGUGUGACGUAUAAGUGUGUUGGGAUUAGUGUGAAUGGAUUAGUGUGAGUGUAUUAGUGUUGGGAUUAGUGUGAAGGGAUCAUUGUGUUGGGAUUAGCAUGAGGGGAUUAGUGUGUGGGGAUUAGCAUGAGGGGAUUAGUGUGUGGGGAUUAGCAUGAGGGGAUUAGCGUGAGGAGAUUAGUGCAGGAUUAGAGGGAACAGAUGGAAUAGAAACAGCUCUCAGUAGUGCACUCAGACUUGUAGCCCCAACUGUAUCACAUUCAAUCCUUUGGUCCAAAACAAUUUAAAACACACACACCCACACACACACACACACACACACACACACACACACACACACACACUGUCUCUCUGUAUUACUGUACAUAUUUGGGGGCUACACUGAAUUUUGUACCUUAAUCACUACUACUCGCUAUGCUUUAAUCCUUAUGCACCAGGUCUUGUCCCAAUUCACUGAAGCAGCCUUCCCCAUGGGAUGGUGUUUUACUCUUGUGCUCUUGAAUUUAGUCCCCUAAACCCUAACUCUAAUGCCUGUGCACUGGGUCCUGUCCCAAUUCACUACAACAGACUUAAAUCCAGUACCAUAAACCACAGCUUCUUCUCUGUAAUCCCUGUGCACUGGGUCUUGUCCCAGUUUAUUGAAGUAGGCAGUGUUUUACCCCUGAAGUGUGCACCCUAAUCCCUAGCUACUACACUGUAAUCUCUAUGCACCGAAGGGAACGCUCUUGUCCCAGUGCCUUUUAUAAACACUGUGUAAAUGAGACACGACCUUCAACACCUUCAGCUGCGAAGACAAAAACAAGACAAUCGAGAAGUUUACAACAGGCGAUAUUCGCUUAGCAACACAAACGUAACGCUACAGAGAAAUAAUAAUAAUAAUCAGAAGAAGCACUUUAUCAGGGAACGUGACACCUGUAAGGUUGGUGUAGAUGCUCCGUUACACGCUGAAUUACAUGCAAACCCUCGUUUAUUAGAGGAGAAAAAUGAUUAUUUAUUACUGUUUAUUCAGACUCUCAGUCUCUAUCCUUUCUCAUGAUAUGAAACAUAAUUUACGCUGAUAUUUUGAAUACAAUCUUAUUCUGCUGUACAGAUUGACUCUGAUGAAUGAUGAACCUGAAAGCCAGUGUGCGAUGAUUUAGAUGCUAAACUGGAGGCCAUAAGCUUCCUUUGAUUGUUAGCUACAUUAGCAUUGACAUUACCUCCAGUGCAAAACUAAAGCAGGAAGCCACACACACAACACCAAACAUGUCAUGGAUUAAUAAGUUAAUAAGUAGUAGAUAUACCGAGUGCCUUUGUGUGUGUUUAUAGAAUAAUGAACCAAAGCAGCUGGUUUGAACCCAAAGUUACUGUGUGCUGUAAUUAUUAUCACUGCUCUGAUCCUGUAUAACAUACACACUGUGCCUUACAGCAGCCUCGUUCCCCUCCUUCUUUUUUCUUUUGGUAAAAUUUAAAAGUCACAGUGUUUCAGUCAGUAACACACUGUGACCUGUAGUCUCUAAUCCACUCGUAAAAAGUCCCUCAGCUCAAACGGUUCCUUUUUUUUUAUUUACUAAUAUGACUAAAUCACUCAUACUGAGGACGAGGCAUGCAGCGAAACUGAACAAAAAGAAAUAUGAGAAGAAAAUGUGUAAAAUAAUCACUUACAGAAAAAAAUAAAGGAAAAGAAAAGAGAAAUGUAAAAAAAUAAAGAAAGGAAAAUAGACAAAUAUUAAAUGUAAUAGACAGCAAGUGAAAACAGUAUAUAAAAGAAAAAUAAUGGAAAAGCAAAUAUAAAAUAAAAACAACAGACAGCAAAAAAGGAAAAAAAAUUAAAUAUAAAAGAACAUGUAGAAAUAAGUGUAAAAUAGCAAAGGAAAACAGAAAAGUAAAUAAAAAAAUAAAUGAAUAAUAAAAGGAAAAUGUAAGGGGAAAAGUAAGUCCUGGGAAAAAAAAAGACUCCUUCCUGCUUGUUUUUUUUUUCACUUCCUGCUUCCUGUUCAGUGACAAUCCCCUCAUUGGCUCCGCCUCUGUACCGCCCCUCGAUCGAGUCCCUUCAUCAUCUUAAACGGUGUGUCAUUACUCUCUCAGCUCGAGUUCAUGUUGAAAACUCUGGAGGGGAAAAAGUGGAAUUUAAAAGUGUGGCUCGAUUCAUUCAGAUGUUUAAAUCCGUUAUUUCUCCACACUAACACUAUCUAAUCUAAUGCACAUCAGAUUUCAUCAGUUUCUCUUUAAUGUUGCUGUUUAAUGAAAAAAAAAGAAACAAUCAAGUUGAAAAGGGCAGAUUAUUUUUUCACUUUUGUCUUUUUUCCUUCCAUUCUGUUGUUUUAAUUUCCUUUUCUUUCUUUUUCUUCUGUCUCUGUUUCUAUGGGAACCGGGUUUAGCGUUAAUUAAUCAAUGCUGCUGCUCCAUGAACACUUAAUGAACAGGAGAUGAAUCUGUUCAUGGCUCUGUGCUGUACUGCCGUGUGUGUGUGUGUGUGUGUGUGUGUGUGUGUGUGUGUGUGAUGCUGGGUUUGAUUUGAGGUUGAUGUUAUUAGAUGGGAUUACUGUAAACCUGUAGAUCAGGUAUGUUUCAAAGCUCUGCUCUGGAUCUCAUGCUGAAUUUCUGAAAGCUGGAAACUGAUUAAAGACUGUAAAUGUUUAAUAAAGACACGUCUGAAUUCAAA